AUGGCAACUUGGUUUUGGAUUCUUGGCUGGAUUCUGUCCAUUCUGACGAUGGCUGGAAAUGGUUUCACCGUACUUCUUGUGGGCAGUCGGCGUCGGCUUCGCACCAAAACCAACGCGUUCAUCGUUUCACUUGGGGUGGCGGAUUUCUGUGUUGGGGCGUUCGUUGUUCCUUCACUGUUCGUCUGUCACAUCAGAGGUGGCUGCGAUUGGCCUCAAACCUAUGCGUCCUGGGUGGAAUUUAUAAGGUGGCUCUUUCAGUACGCCUCUAUAAUGAACCUGUGCAGCCUUGUACUAGAUCGGUAUAUGGCUAUUGUAAAGCCACUGAAAUACGUCACCUUCAUGACCGCGCGACGAGUAACCCAACUAACAUUUAUUUCUUGGGUGAUUCCUCUUGGUCUUGAAAUUUGGUCUCUUUUCAUGACUUUAUAUUUACCAUUUUCGAUAUGUUCGAUGCUCUUAGCCGUACAGUUUGCGAUCCUCGAGAUUUUCUUCAUCUGCAUGUUAAGCUUCUGUUUUAUUUCCAUGUUAACAGUUGUAUACAAGCAAACUCGAUCAUCAGCCAUCUUAGCAAAACAGUUACGUUUCAACCACCGAGGUUUGAUAUUCAACGCAUAUGACAAAUCAGCAGUUGUAAUGUUGGCAGUUGUGGUAGGCUUCGCUCUAGCUUGUUUCGCAACUUACUUGCGAUGUAGCUUUCUUCAAAUUAAAGUUUUAGGAAACCAUACAACUCAACUACACCUUUCGUGUAAAAGUGACUUUGCGUACAAAAUACCUAUGAUAGUUCUGAACUCUGCAAUAAACCCUUUGGCAUACGCUUUCUUUAAGCGUGAUAUUAAAAAAGCCCUAAAAGGAAAGUAG